GAUACCUAGAUAAGUUACAGCAAGAUGGCAUCGCCUGGGCAAUGCAACUAUGCAUCCGCUAAUUAUUAUCUCGAUUCCCUGAUCCAGUACAGAAAUUCGUUAGGACUUCCUGCCCUGACAAUUCACUGGGGUCAAUGGGGGUCGGUUGGACUUGCCGCAAACAUUAAGCAUUCGAUUCUAAAACCUUUCACAAUUAAUCAAGGGCUUGCUGCAUUGGAGUAUGCAAUGAUAUCCCACAAAACUCAAGUGAUCCCAUAUGAGGCCGACCUGAGUACCGCUAAAAAAGUCUUGGCUUCUGCAAGAGGAAUACUUUUCAACAUUAUGGACUCAUCGGUAGUUUCUGCUUACCAAAUAGACGGUGAAAAAUUUUGGAUCGAGUACGAUUCAGCGAGUGGAGUGGAUGCGCACAACGAGAUUUUGCAAAAAUAUAUCAAACAAAUCAUACGGAUUACAUUGAAAAUGAACGAAAAUGAAAAAAUUGAUAACCACGCCAGCUUUCAGGAUUUGGGCAUGGACUCGAUAAUGAUGGUCGAGAUGAAGAAUGGAUUACAAGCAUCAGUUGGAAAACGAGUCAAAAUAUCAAUUAAUUCAGUCAAAGACUGUAGAACCGUAUCAGAGUUAUCAGCUCGCUUGGUCGACAUCAUUUCGGGAACCGAACCGAUUACAAUUUUGACACGUGAUCAAAUCAGGGAAUUAGUUUACUACGAUGCAAAAUUACCAGAUAAUAUUCAAAUCGGUUGCAAUCUAGCCUUAACAUUAUGCCCACUAAGCAAAAUUUCGACGAUUUUGAUAACUGGAGCAACAGGAACCCUUGGGCCUUAUAUACUACGUGACCUGAGGCAGAACUAUCCAUCAAUUAAAAAAGUCUAUUGUCUGAUGAGGCUGAGCUCCUUAAGUUCGAGUGAUGAUCGUUUCCUUCGUUAUUUACAGAACAAAAAUUUACUUUCGCUAGACGAGUUGGAAAGUUGGGUAGAAACCAUACCAGGGGAUGUGACAAAGGAGUUGAUGGGCAUGAAUUCUACGACAUAUUCAAAAAUUUCUUGUGAAGUUGAUGCGCUGUUUAAUUUAGCAGUUAGUGCUUCGCUGCCAGAAAGAUACAGUGCCACUAAAAGCCUGCAUAGCAGUAGAAUCAUCAAUGUACAAGGCUGCAAGAACGUGCUCGAAUUGGCUGUGGCGAAUAAGCUGAAAUAUGUUUACCAUGUCUCAAGCAUUGGAGCGGAACACGAAUUGGAUGAGGACGAGAUAUAUAAGGAGACCUGGCCUAAUCUGGGUCAAGUGGACCAGUUUACCAAUUCUGCCUAUAUAAUUUCCAAAUUAAUCUGCGACAACCUAAUAGAACAAGCGGUAGCUCGAAGUAUUCCUUGCAAGGUAUUUAGGAUGCCAAAUAUUGGAGGGGAUAGCAAAACUGGUGGAAAUGUUCCCUUGAAAGUUUCCAAAUGAUGCGCCUGAUGACCUAUAUGUACCUUGGUUUUAUGCCGGCCGAGAACGUUCCCCUCUGCGUGAUGCCGGUCGAUCUGUGUGCAGAAUAUUCGCUUAGACUGUUCUUUAUGGAGAGCACACCGUGUGAAAUAUACAACGUGAUCAACCCCGAGUUAGGUGACGAGCGUGAAUUUGACGAAGUAGCCAAAGAACUCGGAGUUAAUUUGGAUGUCCUCGAACCAGACGAGUUUUUUGAACGAGUAAAGAAAUUGAACGACGACAACUCCCCAAUGAACGAGUUUAUAAAGCAUGCAAUAGGGUACGAAAGUGAUCAUAGAAAACUGCUUGACAAUCCUCCUGCGUUUUACGUCCCCUUCCUUAGAGGAAAGAAGGAUAUCACAUGGAGCAAAAAGUUGGCACGAUUUAUUCCUGAUGUUUACCCGUCCAAGAUAAUUCCCUCGUGGGACAUACUUCGUAAAGAUUUGGCUUUGGCAAAGAAAACAGGAAUUUUUGACAAGUAUAAGAUUAAUUAUUCGAAAUAGCUUUUUCAUUUGCCACCUUUCUUCAGUUGAAUUGGUUUAGUGCUUGCCAAUAUAUGUUACAUCAUACUUGCACUUUCAAUGUCAAUAAAUUCUUAUCUACAUAUUUACAACCAGAUAAGAAAUUUUUCUAAUGUAAGCUUACAUUCCUAUCAAUGUAUCGUGCUUAUGUAAAAGAAAUGUCUAAUUUCUUUUACAAAUUAACCAAAUUAAGACAAAACUUUUGUCGUCCUUAAUGUUUAAAUAUAAAUAAAUCACAAAUAAAUAAUUCAGAUUUAAAUUUAUGUAUAUGUACAUGUAGUAAUGAAAUUUAUAUUCGACACAAAGCCACUUCCACACAUCUCCUUGGCUUGUUACUUAUUUACUUGGAGAUAUAUAAACUAUCGAGGCAAUAAUCAUCAUCACAUUAAUCUUAAAAUUGAGCAACUAAAAAAUUUUCAGCAGUUCCAACAUCAUUUGUUUCUUCUUUACGCCAUAAUUAAUUAAUUAGUCGGGCAAAACUCAGGCUUUAUUCCUUAGAAAAAUACGGGAUGUGUGGAAAUGCCGGGUUCAAAAAAAUGUUUGUCUAAAAACGUGUUCCUGAAAUUAUUAUGUAGAAUAUGUCUUAACUAAUUCCAAAUUUAAAUUGUUAAUGAAAUAAAAUAAAAUC